AUGGAAAAACUGCUUUUGUUUCUGCUGUUCAUUGGCAUAGCAGUGAGAGCUCAGAUCUGCCCAAAGCGCUGCGUUUGUCAGAUUUUGUCUCCAAACCUUGCGACCCUUUGUGCCAAGAAAGGGCUCUUAUUUGUUCCACCAAACAUUGACAGGAGGACCGUGGAAUUACGGCUGGCAGACAACUUUGUUACAAAUAUCAAGAGGAAAGACUUUGCCAAUAUGACCAGCCUGGUGGACCUGACGCUGUCCAGGAAUACAAUCAGUUUUAUCACACCUCACGCGUUUGCUGACUUGCGCAAUUUGCGGGCUUUGCAUUUGAACAGCAACCGAUUGACUAAGAUCACCAAUGACAUGUUCAGUGGGCUCUCCAAUCUUCAUCACUUGAUACUUAACAACAACCAGCUGACUCUUAUUUCUUCCACAGCUUUCGAUGAUGUUUUAGCUCUUGAGGAAUUGGAUUUGUCUUACAACAACCUGGAAACGAUCCCCUGGGAUGCUGUGGAAAAGAUGGUUAGCUUGCACACCCUCAGUCUGGACCACAAUAUGAUUGAUCAUAUUCCUAAGGGGACCUUCUCCCAUCUCCACAAGAUGACCAGGUUAGACGUCACGUCUAACAAACUGCAGAAGCUACCACCUGACCCUCUCUUUCAGCGAGCUCAGGUACUGGCAACCUCAGGAAUUAUCAGCCCUUCUACUUUUGCGUUAAGCUUUGGUGGAAACCCUUUGCAUUGCAACUGUGAGCUCUUGUGGCUGAGGCGUCUCUCCAGAGAAGACGACCUGGAGACGUGUGCCUCUCCCCAGCUGCUGUCGGGCCGGUACUUCUGGUCGAUCCCUGAGGAGGAGUUCCUGUGCGAACCUCCUCUCAUUACCAGGCACACCCACGAGCUGAGGGUGCUGGAGGGCCAAAGGGCAGCGCUGAGGUGCAAGGCCCGGGGGGAUCCAGAGCCAGCAAUUCAUUGGAUUUCACCUGAGGGCAAACUUAUUUCUAACGCAACAAGGUCUGUGGUAUAUGACAACGGUACACUCGACAUCCUCAUCACAACAGUGAAGGACACGGGCUCUUUCACCUGCAUCGCUUCCAACCCAGCAGGGGAAGCCACACAGACGGUGGACCUGCACAUAAUCAAGCUCCCUCACUUGCUGAACAGCACUAACCACAUCCACGAGCCUGACCCUGGCUCCUCGGAUAUCUCAACGUCCACCAAGUCGGGCUCCAAUGCAAGCAGCAGCAAUGGGGAUACAAAAGUCAGCCAAGACAAGAAGGUGGUUGUUGCUGAAGCGACAUCAUCUACUGCUCUGCUGAAAUUCAAUUUUCAAAGAAACAUACCUGGAAUACGCAUGUUCCAGAUCCAGUACAAUGGCACUUACGAUGACUCUCUGGUGUACAGGAUGAUACCUCCCACGAGCAAAACCUUCCUGGUGAACAACCUGGCUGCUGGGACCAUGUAUGACCUGUGCGUCUUGGCCAUCUACGACGACGGGAUCACCUCGCUGACCGCCACCAGGGUGGUGGGCUGCACGCAGUUCACCACCGAGCAGGACUACGUGCGCUGCCACUUCAUGCAGUCCCAGUUCCUGGGCGGGACCAUGAUUAUCAUCAUCGGCGGGAUCAUCGUGGCCUCGGUGCUCGUGUUCAUCAUCAUCCUCAUGAUCCGGUACAAGGUGUGCAACAACAACGGGCAGCACAAGGCCACCAAGGUCAGCAACGUUUACUCGCAGACGAACGGGGCCCAGGUGCAGGGCUGCGGCGGGGCGCUGUCCCAGUCUGCCUCCAAGCAGGCGGUGGGGCACGAGGAGGCCGCCCAGUGCUGCCGGGCCGCAGGCGACGGCGCCGGACCCUCGCCGGAGCCCAGCCCCGGCCCGGAGGCCACCACUACCUCGCCCUCUCCUCACGCGUGGGCCGCCGGCGCCUCCGCUGCCCAGAAGCCGAAGCGGAAGCCGGGGCCAAAGCCCAGCAGCGAGCCGCAGAGCGAAGCUGCCACGAGUAUCGAGUCCCAAAACACUAACAGAAAUAACUCCACUGCUCUGCAGCUAGCUAGCCGUCCCCCCGACUCUGACCAAGGGGUCCCCACGUACAAAAGAGCACAAUCCAAGCCAAAAGCUGGGGCUGACCUGAAGGACACCCACACUGCUCCACUCCCUGAAAGCAGUUGCCCCAACGUGGUUAUGCGGCAGAAAACAAAGCGAUCCCAGUGCACCAAGGAUUGAUGCCACACCGUCCUCACACUGCCCAGACAAUUUCUUCAAGUCACAGCUGAGGCCAGGAGGCUGUGGAGGUCGGCAGUGUCGGACAAACAUUCCUUCCCAGCUCACAGAUUCCCCAUCUUCCGUCUGCCACAUUCAGUCUAAAUACCUUUUUUUCUGGUGUCUGAGGUUUUUAUAAAACUAACAAUGAAAACUUGGGUGGCAACAGCUGCAGUACCACUUGUGUCAAACGUUGCCAGUGGUGACUUCACAAACUGUAACCAUGGUAGCUUACA